AUGGCCGCCGACAAUAACACAAGUGAACAUAAAGUGUUGUGCAAAUAUUGUAAGAAAGAUGUUAUUAAUUACGUGAAGUGCUGUAAAUGUGAUGAAUUCUUUCAUCCUAGCUGCUUAGUGCAAUCGGCGAAGUUGAAAAAUACCCAAUGUGUUCACGAAACCCAACAAUCAGAGCCACCAACGAGCGAGGCUGGAGUUGAGGUUAAGGCUGAUGUAAACAACCCAUAUGUAGUGGAAAACAAUCUCCUACUUCGAAUUAUUAAAGAAAUGGAAGAAAAAUAUGAUAUUUUGAUGGAAAACUGCAACCUAUUAAAAGAAAAAGUCAGUGUUCUCAAGGAAAAAGUGAAUGGUUUUGAAGAGAAGGAAAAACAACAAGGUGUGGCAACAUCGGUAUCCGGUAAGGAUGCUUUUGUUGACAUAUCGAAUGCGACCCCACCAAAUGCGUCAUCAUCAUCGUCGAUCGAAAGUAGAGAUGGGCAGCAGGGCCAACGAGUGCAGCAACAUAAAUCCGGAGUACUCUAUAGUCAGAAGUAUGAAGGAGGCCUUCUGUUUCUUUUAUUUAACGUGUUUCCAAAAGAAUGUUCAGACUGUGAUGCCUCUUGCAUAUUUGUAUCAGAAUUAUCAGAGUUUCCUGAUUGA